AUGGAUGAGGUGCUGAAGCGCGUGAAGGACGCCGCCGUGACGUUCAUUGCCCAGGAAGACACGGGGCAUUUAGUGACGGCGAGCAUCUUGUCUGUGUCCAUCCUCAUGACGAUCGCGUUGCUAAGUCAGGGGUCGACGGACUCGGUGUUCCAGCACGGGUUUGGCAUCUGGGGCCAACACGACGCAUCGGAUCGCAUUCAAGCCGAAGAACGCGAACGAGACGAAGCGGAACGAGAGAUCUUUCAGGAACACCCUCCUGGCGGGUCGAGAAAGACCGUCUCCGACGAAGUCAUUGGCGCCGACCUGUUCUUGGCAACCAACCUCCCAUGGAUCACGUUGGCGAUGGCAGUCGUGGUCCUUGCGGGCAGCGUGCAUGUCGUAGUGUCGUCAACCCCCGACCGCUAA